GGGAUCGGAAUAGCCGAUGUGAACCAUAACAAGGGACAGGAGACGGCACAUCACCUCACCUCGCAAUAUGGCAAUAACAAGGCUGUCUUCCUCCAGUGUGAUGUCACGUCAGACCAACAGCUGGAAGAUGCUUUCAAGAAGACAAAACAGAAGUUUGGCCAACUGGACAUUGUUUGUAACAAUGCAGGCAUAGGAGACGAAAGGAUAUGGAGAAAGAUGAUCGACAUUAACUUGGGUGCAGUUGUCCAAGGCACCUACCUGGCUAGGAAAUACAUGAGCAAACUGAAUGGCGGAUCGGGUGGUGUUGUCAUCAACAUUGCCUCAAUGGCUGGUUUGAUUGUAGGGCCACUGUGCCCAGUCUACACAGCCACCAAGCACGGUGUGGUGGGAUUUACACGGACAAUGGCCACUUUUGAUCCAGCCUUCACUGCAGAGGACAUUCGUAUCAAUACUCUCUGUCCAUCUUUCUCGGACACAUCCAUUAAUGACAAGUCAGCAGCCCCUGAAUUCAUCGACCCCAGUGUGAGGAAACAGAUGAUUAGUGUUGCUAAAUUGCUGCCGGUGUCCCUAGUUGCCGAGGGCUUCAUCAGUCUGAUUGAGGAGGACGCCCACGACAAGGUCAUGCGAGUCACCCAUGAGAGAGGCAUCGACUUCCACAAGUUCAAAAAGACCCCUCCUAUGCCCAGCAAAAUGUAACACCGCAGUGUAUGCCCCUUGUCACAAAGCCAAAGAAGAGAUCUCAGGAAAGACCAGACAGUCUGUAGGGUUUUUAUUUGAUUAGAUAAGGCAAACCUCAGUGAACUUUGUGCCUAUAUCUCAUGGAAGCUAUUUGGGUGGGGCAAAAGAUGUGGCACUGUUUCCAACUUGUCAUUAUUCAACUCAUUACAUACUCACCCAAGUCAUUGUAUUCAAGCAUGGUGGAUUUCUCUGCCUGUGCCUUUGCAGCAACUUUUCUCCAAGGCACAUUUGAAUUUCAUACAAGUGUACCUUCACCUAGCAACAAAAGCCAUGUUCCCAUUCGUCCUUUUUUCUUCCUUCCAGUAACUAAUACCAUGACUUUCCAUACAAUUCCUGUUCAUAAAUCAUCCUCUGUGACUUCAUCCACUCUGAUGGAACGUUAUGUGCAGUGCUACAUUAGUGAAGUUACGCAGCACAUGUACGGUUUCUGUUGUUAUUCAACUCAGCUAUCACACUGCUGAAUUUGGCGGUUAUGCCAGUCUCCUGGCAUUAAACCCAGUCGAAGGGGAAUGUUUUUUCUCAGACGGUCUGCAAACACAGCGGCCCUUUUCUAAAUGNUGUGUUAUUUUGAAUAUACACUGCAACCCCACAUCCCCCAUCAACCAGGGAAGACCAUUGUCAAGGUUUAAUUUCCAGAUGUACAUAUAGAUGUGUUAGAGAACCAGCUGCUGCAAGAAGGUGCUUUGAACCACAUUUACCCAGAGCCAUGUUUAAAGAAAGUUGUGACAUGAGUGUCAUCAUUGUUAGAAACAAACUGGCAGGUGUAUGCACCAGUGCUCUUGGACAGUUCGUAUAUAAUAGCUGAAGGCUGUACUCACGAAUUGCCAUUUUGUUUUCAAAAUCUGAAACUGGCGACACACUCUCUACAUACAUGUACACCAGCGUUUACCCACCAACCUCAGUGGUUGGUAGAUGACAGUGGCUCAUCAAGAUAGCGCCCUCACACAGCUUAGCACAGUUUUUAUAUUCAAAUCCACGAUGGCUUCUUCAAACAAAGACUAACCUUAACAGCAAACUAUGCACAUUUGGGCUUUGUUGGAACGUAAUGUUAAACAACUCGGGGGCUUGUGCCACCGGACUUAUGCUUUGGCAUGGUCUGAGUUUUGCUGACAGUUACUGAUGCACGGAUGCCAAUCUGUAUUCAAAGAACACUUGCCGUGUAGAUGCAACUGAAACCCGUGGCAGACUGCCUGACAAAUUGAAGAGACAAUUACAUUUCAUACUAUAUUGGUCAAUAUCUUAAGAUUGGUUUGAUCUGUUUGUUUGUUUGUUUCUUUUUAGUGUUGUAGCCAGUUAUCACGACCAGAAGUUUUAGGACUGUAAAUGUCGUGCACAGUAAAUGUAAUCAGAGGAUGAAAUUUCUGCACCACAGCACUAUAUGUAAACUCCAAGAUUUGUACUUCGAAUAAUUUUAAUACAAUACUAGUGAGGGAGAAUGGAACAUUUCGCUGAAAACCUCAAAUACACUUGAUGCUGUCACUUUAGGCAAAUGGAUUGGUGCCAGUCUAAACAUCCUUUUCAGCUUCAUUGAAUAACCACGUCAGAAGGCACUUCUGGUACCCGUUUCCUUUUUCUACGCAUUUCCUCCAUAGUUAAUCCACCAGUUAGGAUUUUUUUUCAAACUGAUGGACAAGGAUCAAAAUCCUUUGUGGCUUCUUCAUGUUGAACUUUCUUAGCUUCACUCCCUAGAGCAAAAUUUUGAAGAAAGAUCAUCCGUGGAAUAGAGAUUUCAAACUUGGCAGGUGAAGUAUUGAGGACCUUGUCUUUACCAGGUGACAUUUUUGGAGAUUUUCCCUCCUGCUGAGUGAGUAAAUUUUGUUCUAGAUGUUUUGCUGCACUUAGGCUUUUGUUUGGUCUUUCUCUAGCACCCCCAUUUUAAUAAACUGGAUCUCCUCAUGAGAUAUCUACAGUAUUGCUCAAAUUGUAUUUGUUAUUUAUAUAAAAUGUUUGAAAUAAAACGUUGGUAAAUGUCUUGUAUUUGAUGCUUUUAUAAAUCUAUAAAUAUUUUUGAUACCUGUAAUAUUGUUUCUGGAAUGCAAAACCUAAUUUUGAUCAUGUCUGCAAGAUAUUAACAAAUUAUUGUUAUCUUUUGAAAGUUUUUUACUUUUACAGAAAUGAUUAUGUCAAUAAAAAGCCCUAAAUGUUUACACUGUU